AUGCCUAAUAAUCACUCUCUGCCUGUAGAGAUUGUAUACCAAAUCAUUUCUCACUACAUCGAUAUAUCUUCAGACUCAGUCAUCAAUUGCAAGAACAUUGUUCACCUAGCGCCAAUGAACCACUCGCUACUAUCACAACUCCUUAAAUUACGAUUAGUCAAUAGUACCUGGUCACUCGCAGUAUUACCUUACGCUUACAAUAGCAUUCGCUUCAACUCAACUUCGAUGAUUUCAUGCUUCAUUAACAAUUGGAAACACUCUUCAAUAAUUUCAACCGCAUCUCGUGUGCGGUCCCUCACAUUCGACCAAGUUGAUUACCCCGCAUUCCAAUCCGAGUCUGCUUUGAAAAGUAUUGGUCAAGCUUCGACCUCAUCUCGUUACCUGGCGUGCCUCAGAUACAAAUUUGAUCAACCAGUGAUCCCGAUGACAAUCGUUGAGGAAGCCCUCCAUUUAUGUCAUGACACGCUUAGCGACUUGAAACUCAACUUUGAUUCUCCUGUCAGUUUCACGCCUCAAUUCAUUAGGAUCGUUGAACGGACUCCCAACUUAACAGCUUUGAUCAUAGUUGGCAACACACGUGGAUUCCAAAUUAAUCAUUCAGAGUCAAUAAGGGACUUGCUAAAUGCUGCUACUCACCUCGUAUCAUUAUCACUCCACCUCAUCUUCUUAAGACCUCUUAACUUGAAACCUGCAUCACUACCACAUUUACAGCACCUGUCUUUAACAUGCAACUCAUACAAUUCCAAAGCAUUCGUCCAGUUAUGUCAGAACCAUGGUAAUGAUAUUAGGUGCUUAGAAGCAUUUGCACAUGAAAACCGCGACCACAUCAGCAAAGUAGUUUUAAGCCUACAACAUUCGCUCGAAAUUUUAUUCCUUGAGUCCAUCCCUGAUCUUUUGCCUACUGAUAUUCAAACUGAAAUUUUUCCGAAGCUCAAAGUCAUUCGUACUAUCGACGUAAUUCACACCAGGAGCGGUCUGUCUUGGCUAAAUUAUGAAAUUUUUCAAAACGUGCAUACCUUCGUAGCCAGUUUUUGGCACUCACAUGAUCACUACCGCGCCGGCUUAGAAGCAAUUGAGGAUAGAUUGCUCACAAAGCCCAUAACCUUCAAAGACAUUGUUUUUGUUAUGAAUAAUCAAGAAGCCAAACAGGGUGAAGACAAAAGCUUAUCGGAAAUGUUCAAACGUCAUGACGUAUAUUGCCACUUCACCUCCAAAUGUACUUUCCCUGAUCUAAUUGUAAGUACAUCGAAGCGUCUUGACUGA